AUGUUAACAAACUCUCUAUUAAAUUUAUUGAUUGUGUUUUGCAUCAUAUUCAUUGUUAAAGUGAACUCGAACGCACCCCAUCAUAAGCCACACCACAUACAUCACCACAAUAGAAACGACGGCAUACACGGUGGAGUGGAUACCGGCCCCCAAGGCAUACCGGGGGCGGGCGAUCCCCUGCGACAGAAUCAGUACUUCAACCAACAGAAUCGGGUUGAAAAGGCGGGACCGGGAGUCGGGCUAAUGCCUGAGGAAUGGGCUCAUCAACUGAUGUACCCCUACGAGACCGAAGACUAUUGUCACGGCAUUAACUCAAUGAAGCAGAUGCACGACCAGCCCCUACCCUUCCGGCUCCCCUUCUCGGGGUUUGCCUUCAACUAUGUUUGGGUUCACAAGGAUGGGUACGUCACUUUCAACAAGGGUCUCAAGAGUUAUGCCUUUCCAUUGGAGUUCCCAAUGGUUCCGAGUGACACCAAUGUGGAGGAGGACCCCUCGAUUAUCGCCGCCUUUUUCGCCCACCAGGACAUCCCAUCGGACGUGGACGGGUCGGGCGUCUACUUCCGGGUCAUUGAAGUGGAAAAGGAGACCAAUAUAUCGCUUAAGCAGCGACUGCUCGACGACUUCGGCACAGCUAUGGCUCUUGAGCAAUAUAAAAUUGCACAAAUUUACUUAUUAAUUCUUUAA